UCAUUCGCCAUUUUGAUAUAGUCGAGUAAGGCCGAGACGACGUAGUGAACGUUGAAGUUGCAGCUAACCAGAGACGUAAACAACAAAAACGCAGACGUUUUGGACAAAGAAAAAAUAGAUAACUAUGAGUGGUUGUCGUGUCUUCAUUGGCCGCUUGAGCCCACACGCCAGAGAGAGAGAUGUGGAGAAGUUUUUCAAGGGAUAUGGACGCAUUCGGGAAAUCAACUUGAAGAAUGGAUUUGGAUUUGUGGAGUUUGACGACCACAGAGAUGCAGAUGAUGCCGUGUAUGAGUUGAAUGGCAAAGAAUUGUGCAGUGAAAGGGUCACUAUUGAGCAUGCCCGCUCCAGAAAAGGUAGAGGUGGCGGCCCUGGAAUGGGUCGUUUCGGUGGUGGAGGCGGUGGUGGUGGCGGCGGCGGAUAUCGCCCGUCUCGUAGCAGUGGAUCCAGACCGGACAGGUAUGGCCCUCCUGUGCGGACUGACCAUAGACUCAUUGUGGAGAACCUGUCUUCACGGAUUAGCUGGCAGGACCUGAAAGACCUGAUGAGAAAAGCAGGUGAAGUUACCUUUGUGGAUGCUCACAGACCCAACAAAAACGAAGGAGUGGUUGAGUUUGCAUCUCGCAGUGACUUGAAGAAUGCCAUCGCUAAGCUUGAUGGGACUGAACUGAACGGACGCAAGUUGAAGAUUUUUGAGGACCGCAGAAGUCACAGCAAGAGUCGCUCCCGUUCCCGCAGCUACUCCCGCUCAAAGAGUCGUUCCAGGAGCCGCAACCGUUCCAGGAGUCACUCCAGGUCUGCCAGUCGCACCCCAGAGAGGAGGUCAUCAGGAGGGGGAAAGUCCGCCGCCAGAUCCCCCUCCAGAUCCAAGUCUCGCUCCAAGUCCCGCUCCAGGUCUCGCUCACGUUCACCUGCUCCCGCUCAGAACAAACAGUCUCGCUCUCGCUCUCGCUCUCGAUCUCCUUCACGUUCCCGCUCAGCCUCAGCAGACAGCAAACACUGAGAGUGGCACACCUGUAGGCCGUAAAAUAGACUGAUAGGUGUUCACCAUAGGUCUGAAUGGUGGCAUGUAAUUUUAAAUUUCUUUUUUUUUUCUUUUUUUUUUUUUUUAAUUGAAGGGGAGGAAAUUGCCUUUAAUGGCUUCUUUUGAAAUCAAAUCUUGAGUCAUUAAUGUGCCCACAUUGGCUUUGAUUUCUUUUUGUUUUUUGUUAGUUUGGAUGUGCUUCCAUGGGAAAAAAAGGUUUUUGUUUUCCUCUUACUUCAUGAUUUCUAAUUCCCACUUUUAAACCCCCUUCAUAUUUUGUUGAAAUGCCGUGUGACAGAAAACAUUUUGCUCGGUGAUGGUACCUGUCGCACUCCUGCAGCCUGUCCUAGCUGUCUGCCACGUUAUGAUUCCAUCCACUCCCCUGUGCUUUGCCAAAGUGUUCAGAGAACUUCAAGGUUAGGUGGGAAUGGUGCUCAUUCCCCAAAUUGUCGAGUAUGUUUUUGUUUGUAAUGCGAGCUCCUGGCAUUGCCGUGAAACUGUGAUUCUGCUUCUGAUGAGGCACCUGAACGGUGCCUCUACAUGUGUUGCAUUCACUGCCCAGAUAUGUGAAGAUAAAAAUGCAAACAUCUCAGUUGAUGGUUUAGUGCAGUUUUCUUGUGUAAUGAUGUUGGAAUCUGGCAUUAAUUUUGACUGCUUUUUUUUUUCCUUUUUUUUUUUUUAAACACUGCUGUAUCAGGACCUUGUCUCGUGUUGGUGAUUUAUUUUCUUUGCAUUUACGUGCUUAAACUCCAGCCUUGGCCUGUGGGGUGUUGUGGGUCUGAACACAAGUGUGUCUUUUUCAGCAAGAAGAAAUGUCUCUAAAUAAGUUUAUUAAUUUGAUACUAAUAAAACACUCACUGCAUAUUGUCAUUUAAUUUUUUGGUGAUGUCAAGAAAGAAUGGUGACUUCAUUUUUUAAAUAUUUUGUGAAUGUGGUUUGAGAGACUCUCAUACACAUUAUGUAGUUGAACUGAAUAAAGCUUUCACAAACUGCUAAA